GCGCGCAGGCUCGCGCUACGGCAGUGGUGCUGAGAGUCUCGCGUCUUCGGGCCGUUACUCGCAGUUGGGUGGCGGCGCAGGCGGCACUCAGACUCAGCGUGCAGCGCAGCCAGCGCCUUAGCAGCAGCAGCAGCCGAGGCUCAGCUGCCGUCACAGCCCGUGUGCUGGUGCACCCCUCCUCGCCCGCCCCGCGUCUCCAUCGCUCGCACCAUGGCUGAUCAGCUGACUGAAGAACAGAUUGCUGAAUUCAAGGAAGCUUUCUCCUUAUUCGAUAAAGAUGGUGAUGGUACCAUCACAACGAAGGAACUUGGGACUGUCAUGAGGUCACUGGGUCAAAACCCAACAGAAGCCGAGUUGCAGGAUAUGAUCAACGAAGUGGAUGCUGAUGGGAAUGGCACCAUUGACUUCCCAGAGUUCUUGACUAUGAUGGCUAGAAAAAUGAAAGACACAGAUAGUGAAGAAGAAAUCCGUGAGGCCUUCCGAGUCUUUGACAAGGAUGGAAAUGGCUACAUCAGUGCAGCAGAACUACGUCACGUCAUGACAAACUUAGGAGAAAAACUAACAGAUGAGGAAGUAGAUGAAAUGAUCCGAGAAGCAGAUAUUGAUGGAGACGGACAAGUCAACUAUGAAGAAUUCGUACAGAUGAUGACUGCAAAAUGAAGACCUACUUUCAACUACUUUUCCCCCUCUAGAAGAAUCAAAUUGAAUCUUUUACUUACCUCUUACAAAAAAAAAAAAAAAAAA